UUAAACACGACACCGGUAAGCGUGCGUUUCUGUGAUAAUGAUUAAAAAUUAUCCCAAGUUUUUCCCUUUAAAACUACAUUUUUCCCGUUAAUAACAACCAUAAGAAGACUAUUUAUUGUUUAAUCAAUUAGUUGAAGCAUUUAUCAUAAAUUCAUUUAGUUAUAUACACAGAGUAAAUAAUAUAAAGUAAGUCUGAGCGAAUAGGCGCUUGGUUGUUUACAUAAUUGACCAUAGCAACAAUAAAUUGGAUCCAGAUUUACUCUAAAAAUAAAAUAUGCCUUGCUUUCCGCGUAAGCAGCCUGCAGUUGUCCAGCCAGAAGAAACCACACCACAGUACAAAAAUGUUCAAAGGUAUGGUGAGACAAAUAUACGUCAUGUCAAUGCUCCAAUGAAACAAGAUCAGUGGAGAAAGGGUUACAAAGACCCAAAUGCUGGACGUAGAUUGCCUGAUCCCCCACAGGAACCAGUUGUAGAAACUGUACAGAGACAGCGACCCCCAUCUGGACGACCGCAAAGACAGUUUGAAACCGAGCACCAUGUGUCAUCAACACCAAGACAGCAGCCUCUGUCUCAAAGGAAAUACAAACAGCCCGUAUCAGCUGAUUUUUUUAUCAGUGUUCCAAUAUUCAAUGAAACCUUAGACCACAGUUAUCGAAAGAAAAAUGAGUAUGUAUAUGUGGAUAGACCUGACGAUGAUGCCUCGCUCUACCAUCAGAGUUUAUCUCGUCACUCUAGUCUCCGAGACUUGAACAACGACAGUUUACGAAGACAGGAUAGUCUGCAGAGACAGAACUCCGGUCAAAAUUACAGAGAUCAUCGAGAUAGAAAUAGGUCUUCUUCAUUAAAUAGAAAUGCCAGACGUGAACACAGACGAGAACGCAGACAUAAAAUAGCUUCCGGUAGUGAAGCUUCAUUCAAUACUUACUCGUCACGUGGAACAUACGGUUAUGAGUCGGAAACCUUCGAAGAAGCCAGACAAUUACGCAAGGCCAGGUCUGGUGCUGGGUUGAAUGUGGAUUCAGGAGAUGAAGAUUGCCGAUAGAGCAAAAUCAUUGCUUUGUUUCUCAGGAAAAAUAAGACAAACAAAAUUAUGAAAAGCAUCCUGCAGAUCUGUUUUGAACACAGUAUCUUUAUAAAUAUGCAGUAAUAGAGAUUAAUUGCUCAGAAAACUAAAGCAUGCAACAAAACAAUUGUAAGAAAUACAAAUAUUGAACUAGAGUAGCUAAGAAAUGGUUUAAUUUAUUGCAUUGUUCAGUUGAGAAAAGAAUAACUCCUAUAAUGAAAUCAAAUCGGGAUUACUUUGUAACUAUAAGAAAAUAUUAAUUUUACAUGAGUGUUAGAAUUAUUUAAUAUUAUUUUACAAUUUAUCUUUUUUUUUCAAGUAAUUGUUUUACCAUAUUCUGGAAAUUUCUUUUUUCUUUGUAUAUUGCAUGGACAAGAACAAGCCAGUUAACAUUGUUAUUUUACAGUUUUGAGAAUAAUAGGUGAUGCAGUUUAGUAAUUGAACUCCUGAGAAUAAUAAGUAGUGUAAAUUAGUAAUUCGACUCAUUUGAAUAAUAAGUCAUGCAUAUAUGUAAUUUAACUUGGUAAUAAUAAGUAAUGCAAAUAAGUAAUUCAACUUCAGCAUAUAAUAAGUAAUUUAACUCCUGAGGAUCAAUAUUAGCUUGCUGACAUGCAUUUUAAUCAAAACAUAGUAGUUACCAAAUGUACAUACAAUUAUUAUUGAUAGUUUUAAUAUAUCUAAAUCUUGCUAUUUGUAUAUUUUUUAUAGUUAUACUUUUUUGGGAUAUGUUUUUGUUAUUGUUAAGUCCUUAUUCUACUAAGUUGUUGAAUGAAUAAGAAACUAUACUUAACUGAAAGAAUUAGUACAUGUACUGUUGAAUUUUAAGGUUUGCUGCCAAUGUCUAGGACUAUAUAUACAUGUACACACUAGCUUUUAGUACAUGAUACAAUAUUACAUGAAAAAUAUAUUACAUAAUGUUAAAGAUAUAAAUAAAGUACUGUCGGUCUCCGUGACGGAGUGGUUACAGGGUUACAGUCAUUGUCUUCACACAUGGUUUUACUUAAGUAUGGAGUGCCAACAAUUGUGUUUUAAGUUCAUUUAAGUUCAUUCAUCUCUUGGUAAUAAGGGAAGAAAUUGGAAUCUUGCUGUAAUUUAUUGUUUUCUUAUAUAUGCAUGCUAGUUUUCAAAGACACUCUUCACCAUUUCAUUAUAAAAUGAUGACAGAAUUUCAAAGGGUAGUGUUAAAUUUAUCAGUCAGGGUAAUAUUUUUUGUUAUUGACUGUCUAGUUACUUUCAUUGUUGUUUUAUGGUGCCUUAAAUGUCAUCUCCAGGACAGUCACCUGAUUUCCGGGACAGUCCCGGACAUCUGGGACGUUAUGACAUGUAUGCUUAUAUACAUGUUUUUACUGGUAAGUUACUCAAUUUUGUGUAUGUAGGACUUAAAUGUUUUCUGCAAUUGGGAAAUUCUAUGAAUAUACAGUUUCUUAUAUGAGGUCUCGAGUAAAGUAAUCAUGCUAUCAUUAUAUUCAGUUCACCUUAAAUAAGAAGGAUCUGUUCACAGAAUAUUUUUGUGAAGUCUAUACACGUAUUUUACUAUAAGAAAGUAAAAGAUACAUGACGUAAUUCUUACAUGUAUAUAAUUGUAUACAGCGUAUCUCAGAAGUACUUUUUUAUCAUAGUCUGAUUUUGUGUAUUUUCAAUUUUUAGCUGGAUUAUUAUCAUGCUUAUAUUUACAUGUAUGUGUUCUUUGUUAUUUCUUCUCUUUGGUGUGUUCUUUUGCGUAAUGUCUUCCUUUGAUCAGUUUUCUAUGUGUUCUUUUGUAUGUCCUUGAUACAUAAUUAUACAUUCUUACUUACUGCUAUGUUAACAGAAUAAUUUUUAUGUGUUUAUGCAUCAGUUGUUUAUACCCCCCAGUCUCCCACUGCUGGGAAAAAAGUGGGGAAAUGGGGACUGAAAUUAGUUUUUACUUUCUGUCUGUCCCCAAACUGCAUUUCACAGGUCAUUGUGGUGGUUAUAUUUUGGUGCAAAAAUAGCUGGGAAAUUGUCUAACUUGCAGUGCAGGGGUUUUACCACAGUACUCCCAUCACAUACCAGGGGCCUUUAUCAGUGGAUUUGAUAAUCCAAAAGUUAAAGUUGGUACUAUCACUUGUGGGUAACAGGGUUUAGUUCGUCACUAAGAAACUUCUGUGAAUUGUUUUUGUCAUAUUGCAUUUGUUAAGUCUUACACAUCAGAUAUCUUGUGUUUUUAUUCUAUUUUUAGCAUUUUUAAGACUUUUUUUCCGAUAUGAUAUUAGGACAUUUUAUAUGCUUGUAGGUGCUUUAACCACAAACUGUAUUCAGUGUGCUAUAUUUGUAAAAUGUUUUUUAAAAAAAACAAGCUUUUUAUAAGUGAUUCUUUUUUUUUUCUUCCUUUACUCUUUUUGUUAAGACUUUCUCUUGUAGAUGUUAUUCUGUGUAAGUUAUACUUUUUAUUUUACAAAAAUGUGUCCUGUUAUAAUAAAAUUAUUGUUUAUUUAUUCUAUGAUGUUAUGAUUAACUAACAAGAUUAUUUAAUGGUGCAUUAUAUGUGUGAAGGAAUAAUACAUAAAUUUUCUCACAAGAAUGUUUUAUUUGUGAACAAACAGUCAAAGCUGUAUUUUAAGACCAGUUUUACAAAAAAUGUUGUGAUUAUAUAUAGAUGGUCUUUGACACAUUGAUUGUAUACAUUGGAAAAUGAAGUUGUAGGCAUUGAGCUUUCUUUAUUCAUUCUAUUGUUGAAGGUGGUCUUGAAACCCAGGUUUUUCUGUACCUGUUAUGGUUCUUUGAAAGGCAUACUUUUAUAUGUUGACAAUGGAUAGGUAAAUUUUUCUUGAUGAUUUUAUUGUGUAAUAAUGAAAUUUCUUAUAUUAUUUCUUCUGUGAUGUAAUGUCAAGUGAAUCUCUUUUUUCUAUCACAGUCAUUUAGUUAUAGGGUAAUAAAAUUUUAUUUUGUAUUGCAUGAUUUUCUUUGUAGCUGUAUAUUUACUUGGACAUGUUAUUUCUGAUUGUUUAAGAUUAUUGUACUAGUCAAUUGAAACUCCGCCCUAUUCCAACAGGCAGUGUGAGGAAGUGCAGAAGAAAUAAGUAAAGUUUUUACAUUCCUACUGUCCCCUUACUGCCAGGAGAACGUUGGGUUCAUUUUUUGUUUGUUUUAGUGCCAAUAUAGAAAAAGUUAUGUCCAACUCACACUGUUCGGGCAUUUAGCUUGGAUUUUACGUUUUGUCUGUGCAGGGUGGGGGUUUAAAAAGGGAUAAGAUUAUCCAGGUAAAGGCCCUGGCUUUAAACUGGGGCUAGGGUUUCAGUUGACUGUCAUAUUGAUUUACCAAAAACUAGCUUAGCUGUCUAGUCAUAGUUGUGACAUGAAUAAAGCUUAGAAUAAAAUAUACGAUUGU